AUUCAAGCUGAGCGGUACGUAUGUCAAAUUACAGCUUUGGCUCACAGGAAGAAACGAUGGUGAUGAAGAAAGUGAAGAUGGGAUUCCUUUUCUUCCUAAUUUGUAUGUGCCUGCUGGUCCCUGUCCACCCAACACAACGGCUUAGUCCCACCAUCACGGAUCUUGCCUUCAAAAAUGUGGACUUUGCCAUGAACCUCUACAGAAAAAUAUCCAGUUACCACGACAAGAACAUCUUUUUCUCACCCUUAAGCAUCUCGACCACGUUUGCUACUCUGUCCAUGGCUUCAGAUGGUGAGACCCAGAAAGAAAUCCUGAAGGGACUCAACCUGCACCAGUUGGAGCAGGUUGAGGAGCCAGAGCUGAUUCCGAGGCUUUUUCAACAGCUUUGUGGGAACAUCACACGGAAUGGUUCACUGAGACUGGACCAAGGCACGGCCCUAUUUGUAUCGCAGCAGUUUGAGAUAGAAAAAAUAUUUGAUGAGCAGAUCAAAAGGUUUUUCAAUGCUGAUGUCAGGACUGUAGACUUCAUGGACCCAAAAUCCAGUAGUGGCAUCAUUAACGAGUACAUCGAACAAAAGACUGGAAGUAAAGUGGCAGAGAUAAUAACGAACUUGGAUUCACAGACCCAGCUGUUGUUGAUCAACAUCAUUUUCUUUCAGGGAGAGUGGCAGAUGCCUUUUAACCCCAAUCACACAGAAAAUAGACCUUUCCACAUUGACAACUAUAACAUUGUCCAGGUGCCGAUGAUGUUCAAAGAUGAUGAGUUUUACACAACGGAAGAUGUUCCACUUGGUGCCAAAGUGCUGAAGUUACCAUACAAGCAGGGUAUUGCCAUGUUAAUCCUGCUACCGAACAAAGGCAUGGACUACAGUUUAGUUGAUGAUAAGAUCACUGCAAAGAGAUUCCUCUCUUGGGUCAAACAGCUGCGUGAAAUGCAACUAGAGGUCCAUAUGCCCAAAUUCAAGCUGGAGCAAUCCUAUUUGCUGCACGACAUUCUGCCAGAUUUAGGUGUCAGUGGUGUCUUCCAUGACUCAGCCAAUCUUACAAAGCUGAGUAGGAACAGAGGCCUGAAAGUGUCAGAGGUGCUGCACAAGGCUGUGAUUGAGGUGGAUGAGAAAGGGACCACUGCAGCAGCUGCCACAACAGCUGGCAUCAUUGCAUAUUCCUUACCCAGGCCCUUCAUCAUCAAUAGACCGUUCUUCUUCUUCAUCUACCAUGAGGAGACAAACACUUUGUUGUUCAUGGGAAGGGUUAUAGACCCCACCAAAAUAUAGCGAUAAACAAUAUUGCUUUCAGUUAUGAAGUGCAUUCAAGCAAUCUCAGCUUAAUGUUUUUUUUUUAAUGGAUCAAUUAAUGGCCAGAUAGAUAUCUUCUAUAUCUGGAACGUUGCUGGAAUUUGUUUAAUUAAAAACUGUACCCCUAAAAAUGGGUUUGCAAAUAUUUUGUAAAGGUUACAUUUGUUUUGUUGCUGAUACUCUGAACACAUGCUCUUCAAUUCCUACAGUAAUAAAGAAUUU